ACCCCCAUCGCCUCCCUCCCUUCCUUGUUCGUCUCGGGUUCGAUCACGCAUCCCCAACCCUAAUCGAUCGCCCUCGGAUCCGCUCGCCGCCCCCUCGAUUCCCACCGCCACCAGCUCCAAUUCUCCAAAGUCUGCAUCGCUGGUACGAGAUCCUGCGUGAUGGAUGGUCACUCGGGAUCUUUUGUUCGUCGCGUGGAUUUCCUGGCGCGAUUGGUUUGGGUUCUUGCGCUGGAUUGGGAGUGACUUCUAUUGGUGCAGCGCCUAGGGUUUCGUUCUGAUGUCUUCCGUGGAGAAGAAGAGGGGCGUUCCGAUGAAGGGGGAAGUAGACGGGGUGUCUGCGUCGAAGGAGGUCCGUGAAUCAAAAAAGGAGAAGAGGAGGCGGCUGAUUUUGAGUGAUACGGAUUCGGACGAUUGCUUGGUUUCUCUUCAGGAGGUAGAUUGCGAGACGGCCCAGAAUGGAGACAGCUUGAGCAUCGGCGAGGACAAUGGCGUGGAAGGGAUGAAGGAGAAGGAGAACGAGAAGGAGAAGGUUGAGGUGGAGAGGAAGAAAAAGAAGGUUUUGAGGUUAGAUGUCGUGAAGCCAAGUGAAGAGUUCGUAGUUGCUGACAAGAACGAAGUUAUUGAGCCGGUCUUGGAGAGAAAGAGAAGUAGGGAGCCUGCUGAUGUGGAGGGCUCUGCAAAAAGACCAAAAAGGGAUUUUUCGGAGCUAGGACGAAUUCUAAAAACUGCAAAUGGUGGAAAUAAAUCAAAAACCUAUUCUUCACAUGGUGAUGACAAAAAGGAGAUGAAGGUGGACGUUGAUAUCAAACCCCUAGUCCCCGCAAGUAGAGAGAGGUAUGGAGUGGAGAAUCACAUACAGUCAAACUCACACAGUAUUCACAAGAAGGAAGAUGAAAAAGUCAAGUCCAUAGAAUCUUCAGGUGAUCAAGCACUUCAGAUGAAAGAUGGUAGCAGCAGUUUUGCUUCCAAAAAAAGAGCAGAUACUAGCAUUUCUCUGUGUAAAGACGGUGUUCUGAGGGUGCAGGGGAAAGGUGGUGUCUUGAGGGUCUUACCAAGUAAUAAAAAGGUAGAUGGGUUUGGCAAUCUCCAUUCUAAGAGCAAAGUCGAGGGAAAAUCAAACACUUUCAUCUCUCCCAGGAUUGCUACUCGUAGUACAUUGAAGAAAUCAUCCCUUUCUCCGGAUAGAAGAGUUCAUGAAAAAUCAAGGUCAGGAGCUACUUUGAAUAAACAUGAAUCGAAAAAGGCAAAAGUUGAUAUUGCUGAGGAAAGCACAUAUAAAAAACCAAAAACUGAUUCUCCAAAAAGAGAAAAAAAGAGAUCAGAUAUGCCAAGGGGAAGGGCUGGUUUCAAAAUAAAGGGUGGCACCAGUAUGAAAACUGCUUUUAUGGCAAAACAAGAAUUAAGUAAAGCAAGUGUAACUCGCAACACUGAGAAACAGAAACUCAGAGAUCAGAUAAAAGCCAUACUUCUUAAUGCUGGUUGGACAAUAGAUCUGAGGCCAAGGAAAGGCAGAAACUAUGAAGAUUCUGUUUACAUACCUCCUGAAGGACAAGGUGGUUAUUGGUCAAUUACAAAGGCUUAUGCCGUGUACCAGGAACAACUAAACAGAUCAUGUAAUGAGCGCCGUAAGAAUUCUUCUGAAAGGUCCUCCAGGACAUCUGCUGGGAAUGACUAUGUUGUACCAAUGGAGUCCCUAAAUAUACUGAAGAGAGUUGUCAACAAGAGAAGGAACCAAGAGCUUGAAGAAACUCAGAGGAGCAAAAAGAAGGAAAAGAAAACUUCUGACCUUAGGCAUCCUGGAGAUCAGGAUGCUCAGGAUAAGCUUGAUGAAAUUAGAGGCAGAAAGAAGUCAAACUGUGCCUUAGCAUCAAACACUAAAACUGCUGUUGGUUCCAUAGCACAUAAGCAUUUUCGAAAAGGAAGAAACAAACAGAGAGGAUGUGCUUUAUUGGUUCGUGGUAGUAACCAGGAGGCAGAAGAUGAAGAAAAUGAUUACGUUCCAUAUGUUUGGACAAGAACAGUUCUCUCAUGGAUGAUAGAUAUGGGUGUCCUGCAUAUUAAUGGAAAAGUUAAAUACAUGAACCAGAGAAGAACAAAGACAAAAUUAGAAGGCUGGAUAACGAGAGAUGGCAUUUAUUGUAGUUGUUGUAGUAAAAUUCUUACUGUUUCAAAGUUCGAACUUCAUGCUGGAAGCAAACUUCUCCAGCCAUUGCAAAACAUAUAUCUGGAGGAUGGAGGACUUUCCCUAUUGCAGUGUCAACUAGAUGCAUGGAAAAAACAGGAUGAGUCUGAACGCCAAGGAUUCUACAUUGUUGAUGUAAGUGGUGAUGACCCUAAUGAUGAUACUUGUGGUAUCUGUGGUGAUGGUGGUGACUUGAUCUGUUGUGAUGGUUGUCCUUCAACAUUCCAUCUGAGUUGCUUGGGCAUUGAGAAGCUUCCUCCUGGAGAUUGGCACUGUACAAACUGCUGCUGCAGGUACUGUGGGAGAAUUUCUGUUGACACUAUUCCAGAGACUGAUGAAACUGUUUCUUCAUUACUCUCUUGCCACCAUUGUGAGGCAAAAUAUCACCAAGACUGUGUUCCUGAGACAGAAUCUAUUUCUGCAACUUCCAAGAGUCGACGCAUUUCUUUUUGUUCCCAAAGUUGCAGUAAGGUUUUCAAAUGGUUACAGAAGAUUCUCGGGACCAAGAAUGAACUGGAAGCAGGAUUCUCAUGGAGUGUCAUAAGGCGUUUUGAUGAAGAUGCCUUCGAAUUCCCAUUGAUGUCACAGCUGAAGGUUGAAUGCAACUCAAAGAUUGCUGUUGCCCUUGCAGUUAUGGACGAGUGUUUUCUUCCAAUUGUUGACCAGAGAAGUGGCGUUAACCUGAUUCAUAAUGUCAUAUAUAACUGUGGAUCAAAUUUCAAUCGGCUGAACUAUAGGGGUUUCUACUCUUUUAUUUUGGAGCGAGGUGAUGAAAUUAUUUCUGUGGCAUCUGUCAGAAUCCAUGGAACCAGGCUAGCUGAAAUGCCUUUCAUUGGGACAAGAAACAUGUAUAGACGUCAAGGGAUGUGCCGUCGGCUUCUUGAUGGAAUUGAAUCAGCCCUCUUCUCUCUCAAUGUCCAAAAGCUGGUUAUACCUGCUAUUUCUGAAUUGAAGGACACUUGGACUAAUGUCUUUGGCUUCAAGCCUCUUGAGGUUUCACAAGAACUAGAAGUUAGGUCCAUAAAUAUGCUGGUUUUUCCUGGUACUGGUUUAUUACAGAAGCCGCUGCUAAUGAUGCACUCUUCUGAACAAUGUGCACCUAUUGAUGGAGUUGACAUGGUUGAGUAUGACAUCAAACAUCAGCACCAGACAAAGUCAACCUAUGAAUCUUCUGAGUCUUCAUCUGUCGAGCCCAACCUCUAUAAUUCUGGUCAGGCUGUUGUCCACUGUGUAAAUGCAACUCAAGAUACUGGAUCUGGCUUGUCGUCUUUUAAAGUUUCACCUGGUUCUUCUGAUUCUCCUCGAUCAGAAUGUAAAUCUCAAGAAUAUAAGUCUUUAGUGAUGGGUGGUGAUAGGGACACACACAAUUUUCCUGAGAGUGGUUUGACAAAUUCACAUGAUGAAGAUAAAUCUCAAAUUGAUUUUUCAACUAGAGAGCUAACUUUGUCUGAUAAUCAUGGAGAGAAAAGUACAGAAGCUAAUACUCUCACUGAUCUGCAAGAAAGCAAUGCUGUUUCUAAGCAUGUGUCUCCAAAAGGUUUUGCCUCUGAUAUUCAAAAGUCAGGAGCUUCUUCACUUAACAUGCUUCCCACUCAGUGUAACUCGUUGCAGCAUAAAUAUGAGGAUCAUUGUACUCCGCCAGAAUUUGUUACUGUCACACCAAAACCUGGUAUUGAGAUUAUUGCAGAACUUCAAAUAUGCUCCUUGGAGUCUACAUCAACUCCUCUUCAUUAUGAAUCUCAUGUGAGAACCAAAGCCCAUUCUCCAAAUUCAGCCAGGGGCAAUGGUCAAAUAUCUCCUGAAUCUACCCAUGAUGCAACAAAUCAUCAUGAAAAAUCUCUUUUGGAUCAUUUAGAACCGAGCAUUCAUGUUGAUAGCAAAGAAAUGAUGUAUAGCAUUCAUGCAGUAGAAGCUAAAGGCGCUGCUCUUGAUCCUAAUUCCUCUUUAAAUGAUGAGGACUCUGAACCUUUUGCUUUUGAGAUUGUUAGUAGACCUAUCAAUGCUGCUGCUGGAAAAGAAAAUAGUUCUUCUUACAAAAGUUGUGCAGUUACUGUUUCUGAUAAAAGCACUAGGCUUUCCAUACAACACAGUAGUUUAGACAGGGUUUCCAUAACAAAUGGUACUGUUUGUGAAUCAAACUUAUCUCAUGUUGUUAAAAGUUGCAAAAUACAAGGUGAUAUUGAGCACUCUGACAUGACUUGUUCUCUGAUGCUAGAUCCAGGUAUCAAAGGUAUUCCACCUGUUUUAACAACCUCCUUUGAGGUUUCUGCCGAGCCUAUUGAUUAUGGUUUAUGUGCUGUUCAUGAUGCUUCUGUGGAUAUAAAAAAGUUUGACACUGGUUCUGAAUCUUCUCAGUAGCUACUGAUAAGCAUUCUCUGGAUUAGUUCCUACAGAUUAUCUGUUCACCUGGUGUUGCCAUCUUUCCUGUUGGAAAUAAUUUGAUGUGAUACACAAGGUUGUUUUUGAGGCAAGAUGCACAAGGUUAUUAGUGGAUGCUGCAGGCGGGAGAAUGGAUUUGUUAGUGAAGGCCUUUAAAUCAAGUUGCUAUGCUAUAGAGAUAAAUAUCCGAUCAAAAGGAGUCUUGUCAUCCGAACUUGCCAUAUACUGCUAACUCUUUUGACAUGCACAUGCAACUGUUUGGAGCACAAAAUGAAUCAAGCUAAUCUCGUUUUGGUGGAAGAGACUGACGCAUCAAAUUUUCUUCAGAUGGAUUUAUGAUAGUUACUAGCAAAUGCACAAAGUGGAUUCAGGUGGAAGAUCAUUUGUCCCCAUACUGCAGGAUUUGAAGUUACUGGUUCUUCCAUGGGUUCCAUCUGGAAAAGUCUCUCUCUCAUCAAUAGGAAUGGUAAGCAGUUUCAUGUGUUUGCUCUGACACUGCCACUUUUGAUAACCAUUCAAUCUGCAGAAGAUUUUUUUAGACCUUUUGGAUAGAAAUGCUAGAAGCAUCACAAGUGUACAGAAUUGGGACAAGAAUCAUAAAAAUAGCUAAUAGCUUUGUUAUUUUGUGGCCA